AUGAACUCUUUAAUUAGACGUGGUCUUGUUUCAAUCCGUACCUCAACUGUUAUUAAACCAUCAAGUUUUGGAUUAAUGAGAAAUAAUAGAUUUUAUUCAACUGAAAAUAAUCAAGAAGCAGCAAAACCAGAAGAGACUGAAAAUAAACCAGCACCAGGAUCAUUGGAGGAAACCAUUGAAAAAUUAAAAGAAGAAUUAGAAGAAACUAAAAAACAAUUAUUAUAUACCGCAGCUGAUAGAGAGAAUGUUCGUAGAUUUGCAAAGGAAGAUAAUGAAAAAGCAAAGAAAUUUGGUAUUCAAUCAUUUACAAAGGAAUUAUUAGAAGUCGUCGAUCAAUUAGAAAUGGCAACCAAUUUAUUCCCAAAGGAGAAAUUAGAUGAAAACAAAGAAUUAAAAGAUUUACAUGAAGGUGUUAAAAUGACAGAACAAUUGUUUUUAAAGAUUAUGGGUAAUCAAGGUUUACAACGUUUCAAUCCAAUCGGUGAAAAAUUCGAUUUCAACAAUCAUCAUGCAAUCUUUGAACUCAAUGAUCCAACUAAAGAAAAUAAUACUGUUGGUCACGUAGUUAAACAAGGUUAUAAAUUACAUGAUCGUUUAGUGAGACCAGCUAUGGUUGGUGUUAAUAAAAUUAAACCACAAUAA